GCGAAUGGUUUUGCAAUUGCCUAUAAAUUUAUUUAUGUUUUAACUGGAUUAGCCGAUUGAACUGGAAAUAAGCCCGACGGCGCUGUUAUUAAAACAAUGCUUCAACUUGAAGAACUCCAUUAUUUGAAGUUGAAACUGAGAUACCAAAGCCAAAUUGCAUACAGUGAGCAGUAGGCAGAUGAGAAGACAAACAGUAUCAAAAUUUCCCGCGAAAGCCAAGGCUGCAUUUUACGUACUCACAGGCAGCGGCCUCUGUUAUCAAGCUGCUUCCCAUUCCAAUUUUCUCCCCUUCUCCCCUGACUCUUCUGUUUUCCAAGGCCUUCUUCGCUCUUCUCGUGCAAUGUUCACCGUCAGAUUUCUCUCUCUCCCUCUCGGAGUCCCUUAAUCCCUUGCCUGAUUUUUGUUUUCUUUUUCUUUUUUUUUCAAAACCUGUUUUCUGAUUUCGACUCCUUGUGGUGCAGAUUGCAGUCACCGUCGCUGACUACAAGUAUUCUUUAUAUGGGCUGCCAAAGGACCGUGAUGAAUAUCGUCUUGUAUUAUCUGAGGUUCAUUUGCGCUCAGCUAAGAGAAUGCUGAAGUUAUGUGAAAUGAAUAAAGGUUUUUAUUUGAAAGCUGGUCAAUUUGUUGCUUCCCUGCGUCAGGUCCCAAAAGAAUACUCGUUUACCCUUUCUUCGUUGCAGGAUCAGGCAGUUCCUUGUGAUUUUAAGGUCAUAAAAGAAACAAUAAUCAGCAAUCUUGGUCAGGAUCUGUCUAAGAUUUUCAUUUGGUUUAAUGAACAACCAAUAGCUGCUGCGUCCAUUGCUCAAGUGCAUCAUGCAAUGUUGAAAGACCGUCAAGAAGUAGCAGUUAAGGUACAAUACCCUGGAUUAGAGAAGAAAAUGAAGUUAGACACAAGAAUAAUGCAUUUCGUUUCAAAAUCUGUUGCAUGGUUUUUCCCUGAAUAUAGGUUUGGGUGGCUGGUCUCAGAAUUCACUAAGGCAGUUUCUAUGGAGCUUGAUUUUAUUCAAGAGGCAAGAAACUCUGAGACAAUUGCCAACAGCUUUAAAAAGAACAAGAUUGUUAGGGUACCUCAUGUAUUUUGGGUGGGAACAUAUAAAAAGCCUGGUUAUAUAAGAUUUACAUCCACUCUUCAGGAAUUUACGACAAAACAAGUUCUCACAAUGCAGUUUUGUAGUGGCCACAAGGUUGAUGAUGUCGAAUUUCUGAAGGGAAUGAAAAUAGAUCCAGUGAAGGUUGCUAAGGCAUUGGUGGAAGUGUUUGCAGAAAUGAUAUUCAUUCAUGGUUUCUUGCAUGGAGAUCCACACCCCGGUAACAUAUUGGUAUCUCCAGAAGGUCGGGAUGGCUUUUCUCUGGUUCUUCUGGACCAUGGAAUCUGCAAAAAAUUUGAUGAAGAGUUCAGGCUGGAAUAUUGUCAGCUUUGGAAGGCUUUGAUUCUUUUGGACUCAAAAAUGAUACAGCAUUUAGGUGAAUGUUUUGGUGUUGGGAAGUACUCCAGAUACUUCCCCGUUAUUUUCACUGGAAGAACAAUUGAUAGUAAAUCUGGUCUUGGGAAGGAAAUGUUGGUUGAAGAGAAAAAGAAACUGAAACAAGAUUUGAAGUCUCUAAAGAUGGAGGACUUAUCUUCAUUCAUGGAAUCUCUGCCUUCGGACUUUCUCAUGAUCUUGCGAACAGAUGAAUUAUUGAGAUCUAUAAUUAGCAAGCUGGGUGCUUCAAAACGGGUGAGGUUGCAAACCUAUGGCAAAUAUGCCUCACAUGGUCUCUCUCGGAAGUUGAAUCCUUGCUCUGAUUUGACGUUAGUGGUCUUAUUUGCCAGAUUGAUAGGAAAUAUACAAUACAUUCAUCUAAAGCUUGCUCUGGGGGUAAUGGAAUUGGUUUUUUGGAUGGGGAAGUUGAAGCAAUCUUUCAAUAACUUCUAUAAAAAGAUGAGUGGUUCUGGAAAAAGCCUUUUGACAUUGUUCUUCAACAUUAGAGUGUAGAUUUUUUAUUUAUUUAUUUAUUUUGUAUUAGGAGAAAGUUGAAGGUGCAAAAAGAGAUUCCGACUUUAGACCUCAAUUUGCUCAAGGAGGGGUAACAACCGCAGUUUGAAGAUGGGUCGGAUGGAAUAUUGAGUGUUGCACGAUAGUUGUGUAUAUGAAAGGGAAGAAUGGAGGUCAUGGCCAAUGCUAUAUGAUACAGUCUUGUACCUGUUGUGAAUUUCCUAAGAGUUCAUUUGUUUGCAAGCAUGCAUGUUUCUCCCUGACAAAGUUCACUGCAAAUGAAGAAAUUAUAAUUGAUGAUAAAUUUGAUCUUUGAAGAAAUUAUAUAGAAAAUAGAUCACGAGAUUCAAAUCA